AUGGUUCGCGGCGCAGACUACGAUAACGGUAUCCCCCAGAGCGAUAACCCAAUCGAGAACGGUCCCAACAAGGCCCACGGCAUCGGCAAUGAGCCUGCAGACUUGAGUCGCUCACACAAGGCCGCUGCCAUGCCCGAAGAGACUGGCUCUUCCCGCGAUGUCUACCCUGGUGUUCCCACUGUUGGAUCAGAGCAUCCUCAUGGUGGUGCUGCGAAGCCUGUUUCCACUGAUGAGAAGAACACUGCUGGGAAGUAA